AGUAGUAAACGGAAAAUGGCGAACAAGGCAUGUGGAUUUCUCUAUCGUCAGUUUGUUCCAACUUUAUGCAAGGCAUUGAAGGGUUCCGUGAAUUGUUCAAAAACAGAUGCAGCUAGCUGUGCUGUGAGAGGGAAGUACCCAGUGGGUUCCUUCACGAUCAACAGACACAUCCACACUUCACAAACUGCUGACAGCCGCAGAUUCAGCGCAGUUGCCGAGCUAAAGACCCCUGAGAGCAGUAAAACUGCUACAGAGUUGGUGAUUGAGACGUUGGUGUCUACCGACCUGGGGAGACUGUUUGCUGUAGUACAAGUGGCAGGGAAACAGCGUAAGGUCACAACAGAGGAUGUCAUCAUCGUACAAUCAGACUUCCCUCCUAAUGUUGGAGACCGAAUCAGAUUAGAAAAGGUAUUAUUAGUUGGUGGGAAGGAUUUCACUUUGAUGGGGACGCCCAUGCUCAGUCGACAACAAGUGUGUGUGGAAGCAACAGUGAUAGAGAAAACGAUAUCACAGUAUCAGAUCAACUUCGGGUACAAGCGCAGGCAUCGGAGCUCGCACUUCCGAUUGAACAGGAACCAACAGACAGUGCUGCUAAUAAACAGUAUAGAUGUGAACAGAAACAUGGAUUUAUAGUACUCCGUCAGAGCUUUCAAAUGUGUACCUACCUGGAAUAGUACAUCACCCGUGAUUAUUCCACAUCAACAGUCUGGGACUACAGUGACGUGAUCAGCAUUUUAGUUAUUUGUGAUUUCAACAAGGACUAGUUGAGAAUGAGCUACCAAGUGUGUUAUAACAUAAUUGUGUAUUCCGAGAUUUAUAUUGGAAAAAUGAGCAUCAGUACAGUUGUUUUGUAAUUCAUUUGUUUGUGUUCAUUGAACGCUUGAAGAAAGUCUAGGAGGGUCAAGUGAUGGUACUUUGUGUAUCAUAAAAUUGUCAUUAGAUUCCUGUAAUACUUGAUGGUCAAACUGUAUGACAUCGAUACUUUAUUGUACAAUUGUAUGACAUUGAUACUUUAUCGUACAAUUGUGUGACAUUGAUACUUCAUCGUACAAUUGUGUGACAUUGAUACUUCAUCGUACAAUUGUAUGACAUUGAUACUUUAUUGUACAAUUGUAUGACAUCGAUACUUUAUUGUACAAUUGUAUGACAUCGAUACCUUAUCGUAACAAUUGUAUAACAUUGAUACUUUAUCGUACAAUUGUGUGACAUUGAUUCUUCAUCGUACAAUUGUAUGACAUUGAUACUUUAUUGUACAAUUGUAUGACAUUGAUACUUUAUGGUACAAUUGUCUGACAUUGAUACUUCAUCGUACAAUUGUAUGACAUUGAUACUUCAUCGUACAAUUGUCUGACAUUGAUACAUUAUCGUACAAUUGUAUGACAUCGAUACUUUUUUGUACAAUUGUAUGACAUUGAUACUUUAUUGUACAAUUGUCUGACAUUGAUACUUUAUUGUACAAUUGUCUGACAUUGAUACUUUAUCGUACAAUUGUCUGACAUUGAUACAUUAUCGUACAAUUGUAUGACAUCGAUACUUUUUUGUACAAUUGUAUGACAUUGAUACUUUAUGGUACAAUUGUAUGACAUUGAUACUUUAUUGUACAAUUGUAUAUUAUUGGUACCAUACUUGAAUGUAAGUAUGACAUUUAAUUUAUGAAGUUGUCACUUCAUGCUUGUGUAAAAAGAACCAUUAAACUUUGUAUGUUAAACUUU